ACUUCAAGACUAACAGCAUUAUCUUGCUGUCAGACUCAGGUUUACGUACAUGGAGCUGUGAGCCAACCAGUUGAAAGCGACGGCGAAAAUAAAGAAAGUUUCGAAAUCUCGGUUUUUCAUGGAAAGUACUCCCAUCGACUCGGAGACAGAGACACACUUAGCUUACAAGACCGAGAAGCGGCAACCUCUGUGCUACAAACAAUGUCAUUCAAUUGUUAUGAGAACUUUCUUUCCGCAGGUUUUUGUCGUUGCUUUCGCCUGCAUUCUUCUGAUCAUCGUUGUGUGCUUUCGAAACCUACCGCAACCGGUGCAAAGUAUCCGUCUCCCUACAGGUAGCGAUAAUAACGCCAUCACCAUUCUUGUUUGGUGGAUACCCUUCGGGAAUUACCGGCGGAUGCCGGACUGUGAAGCGAGUUACGGAAUUCAGGGGUGCAAAAUAACUACUGACCAUGCUGUGUACUCACGAGCCGACGCAGUCAUUAUACAUCACAGGGAAAUAAUAGGCAAUCUGAGCAGGCUUCCACGCGAACCACGGCCACCAACACAGAAGUGGAUAUGGAUGAACUUUGAGUCGCCCACCCACACCUCAGGCCUGGAGGAGCUCGAGGGCAUCUUCAACUGGACCAUGUCUUACAAGGUGGGCUCUGACAUUUUCAUGCCAUACGGUUACCUGCGACCUCGCAAAACCUCGCAGUCCUCCACUGUGCUCUUGCCACGCAAGAAAAGGCUGGUAGCCUGGGUUAUCAGCAAUUGGAAUGAGAACCAUGCCCGAGUAGCCCUCUACUGGAGGCUGAGUAAGUACAUUCCCAUUGAUGUGUACGGCCGUGAUUUCAUGCAGCUGGUGAACAACAGCGUGGUGCAGACUGUCUCACAGUACAAAUUCUAUCUGGCGUUUGAGAACUCACAGCACCCAGACUACAUCACUGAGAAGCUGUGGCGAAAUGCUUUGGGGUCCAGUGCUGUGCCAGUGGUCCUGGGGCCCCCCCGAAGCAACUACGAGAGGUUCCUGCCUGGCGACGCGUUCAUCCAUGUCGAUGACUUCCACAGCCCCAAGAUGCUCGCCGCAUACCUGAGGUUCCUGGCCAAAACCCCCCGGCUAUACAAACGUUACUUUAACUGGAAAAGGGACUACACGGUCCAUGUCUCCUCCUUCUGGAAUGAACACUACUGUGCUGCCUGCAAAGCGGUGCGGGCCGGCAGGUACCAGACUAAAGUGGUCUCUGACCUCACCUUGUGGUUUGAAACCUAA